AUGCAACUCAAAGAUUGCGAUAGCCGCCAAUUCUUUAUCUACCUGUCAUAUUUACUAAUUGGAUUCGGGAUUAUCUACAUAUUUUGUUCGUCUGUAUCAUGGCAGUCAAACACCAAAGCAGAACUACGGCGCACUAAAAUGGUAAGAGCUUUAAAAGAUUUCAUAGCGACCCCUUUCCUGUUGAUACUAGCUCAAUUUUCACACGCCCAUUUACUAGGAAAAUCUUAUUAUGAUUCAACAUUGGAAGAUAGCAUGAGUUUAAUUUUUGAUUCUCCCCGGAACCUUAUUUUACCAUUCAACAAAACAAGGAUACCAGGCAGUAAGAACUCAAAAUCAGUACAGAGGUUUAUAACGUCCAACUUUGAGCACUUUAAUCAGGAUUGGAAAAUAGAGCGCGACACAUUUGUGGAAAAUGGGCACGAAUUUACAAACCUAGUUUUUACGUUGGGGAGUGGUGAUUACCUAAUGCUAUCUGCGCAUUAUGACACCAAGAUUCUAGAAGAGGGCGAAUUUAUAGGUGCGAUCGACAGCGCUGCUCCGUGCGCCAUGUUGCUGUACGUUGCAGGUUUUUUGGAUAGGAUACUAACAGAUAAUGAAGCUUACAGUUUGAAGCCCACACUGUUGCCUCGAUUUACUGGGGUAAAAAUUGUUUUCUUCGACGGAGAAGAGGCGAUCAAGGAAUGGACUGCCACGGAUUCUUUAUACGGCUCGCGCCAUCUUGCUUCGAAGUGGCAGGCGGAUAAUACCCUUCAAAGCAUAAAGCUAAUGGUUUUACUGGACCUCUUGGGGUCUGCUGACCAGAAUCGUGUGCCAAAUUUCUUUGAAAAAACUAGGAAUUACUAUAACAUGAUAUGGGCUAUAGAGGAGAGGUUUAAGACCGAGUAUGGCUACGGUUCGACGUACUUUGAUCCUUAUGAACAAUUCUACGGGCAAGUUAACGACGAUCAUGAACCAUUCUUGUAUAAGGGUGUACCAGUCUUACAUCUGAUAGCGCGUCCGUUCCCCCGGUUUUGGCAUACCUUGGACGAUACAUUCGAAAAUCUCGACCAGGAAGAGGUCAAUAAGUGGACUAUAUUGAUCUGCGAAUUUGUUCUGCAGUACUUCUCCUAA